CAAAGCUACAAUAAUCUACACAGUGUGGUAGUGGCAUAAGAAUAGACACAUAGAUCAGUGGAAUAGAGGCGAGAGUCCAGAAAUAAAACAUAUAUCCGUGGUCAAUUGAUUUUUGACAGUGGUGUCAGGACCAUCCAGUGGGGAAAGAGCAGUCUUUUCAAUAAAUGGUUCUGGGACAAGUGAAUAUUCCAUGCAAAAGAAUGGGUUUGGACUUCUGCCUCACACCACAUACAAAAAAUCAACUCACGAUGAAUCAAAGACCUAAAUGUAAGAGCUAAAACUACAAAACCUACUGAAACAGCUUGUAGGAUAAAGAGGGAGGAGACAAAAAAAAAUUGGAAUACUAAAAAGAAAAAUAGAAUUAUUAGACAUGCUAGAAUCAUAGGAAAAAUAGAAAAAAGAAAGGGUAGAAAGAAAACAGCUGGGCGGGGUGGCUCACGCCUGUAAUCCCAGCACUUUGGGAGGCCAAGGCAGGCGGAUCACGAGGUCAGGAGAUCGAGACCAUCCUGGCUAACACGGUGAAACCCUGUCUCUACUAAAAAUACAAAAAAUUAGCCGGGCGUGGUGGCGGGUGCCUGUGGUCUCAGCUACUCAGGAGGCUGAGGCAGGAGAAUGGCAUGAACCCAGGAGGCGGAGCUUGCAGUAAGCCAAGAUCGCGCCACUGCACUCUAGCCUGGGCAACAAGAGCAAGGCUGCGUCUCAAAAAAAAAAAAAAAACAAUGAAUAGACAAAGAAAGAUGGAAAGAGGAUGUGUGUGUAACCCAGAGCAGAAGGACUUGAGGCUGACUGUGGAGUAGAAAGGAGAAGGGAGACAGGGACAAGGCAGGCAGCAGGAAGAGCUGUAGGUGUGGGAGCCAGCAUCACAAAGGGUCCAUCCCAGGUGACCACAUCCAUGCCUGCAGCACCCAGGUGAACGGCAAAGCAGUUACGCUCGUUGGCUCACGGUCACUGUUAUCUAAAGAUAACUGUGAGUCACAUUUUCUGUGGGAUUUCAAAAAAUAAACCUAUCUAUAAUCCCCUCUUAACAGUAUAAUUUAGUUCAGUGUUUUGUGAGCCCUUUUCUGUUUCAGAUCCAGUUCUUUGAGUAUUGACACACCAUCGCAGUCUUACUGUGUGACACGGGCCCGUCUUGUACCAGUGUAUCCAGCAGAUGGCAUUAGAAUUCUUAGAUGUCAGCUCCAUACUCUUAAAACAGCACACUUCAACAGAAAUAAAAAAUAAAUCUGUGGCGCAUGCCUGUAAUCCCAGCUACUUGGGAGGCUGAGGCAGGAGAAUCGCUUGAGCCUGGGAGGUGGAGGUUGCAGUGAGCUGAGAUUGCGCCGUUGCACUUCAGCCUGGGCAACGAGUGAAACUCCAUCUCAAAAUUAAAAAAAAAAAAAAAGCCCAGAGUGUCAUUUUCAGUUUUCUAGCAACCAUAUUUAAAAAGUGAAAUUAUAAUAUAUUUGAUUUAACUCAGCAUAUCCAAAAUAUUUCAACAUGUACUCAAUAUAUGCAAAUUAUUAGUGAGAUCUAAAAUUAUUAUUCUUCACACUAAGAAUUCAAAACUCACUGUGUAUCUGGUUAUAGCAUAUCUCAAUUUGGAUGCUAACGUUUCAUCAGGAAUACUUGAUCUGUAUUUAGAUUUUGUAAAAUACGCAGUUGAAAAACACAAAUUCAUAUCCAAGUUGUUCCAAAGAUACUUAAACUAGUAAAGUUUUUCAGUAACUGAAUUGAACAUGAAGUUUGAAAAAAUAAAACCCAGUUCCUUAGUCAUGCUAACCUUAUUUCAGAUGCUCAAAGGGCCCAUGCAUCUAGUGCUGCUGUACUGGACAGAGCGGCUCUAAGUGAUCUGCUUUUACACGCUUUAUGGUCCGACUAUACAUAAUCCUCCCAUUAGUAACUAAAGUAUUGGCCAAUAAAUUUCGCCCAGGCAUACAUUAAACAUUCACAAUACUCUGUGGCCAUGUUUAACUUGGGAGCAAGUAGUGGCAAAACCUCCUAUACAAAAACGUGACCACACCUCAUUCAUGCCUUUGUAGAGCUAAGCAAAAUGCUUUAGAUCAAAAAUUGCCUUGAAUUAUUUGCGUUCAUUGUAAUCUCUCCUCUAGGCCUUUGUGUGUUUUGAUAGAGUUCAUUUGAAUUGGCUCAAUAAAUCAUUUUAUUUGCUGCAGAAUUCCCAAAGAACAUUCAGAUCCAUAUACAUGAGAUUCCUGCUGCGUUUAGCCAUACAUUUGCCAGACUUGUGAGGUCGUUUAUUCCCUGUGAAAGCUCAAGUGCAGCCCACAGGGAGGUUUUCAGCUGACCUUGUUGUGACAUGCAGAUGAGGUAGUAGAGUUUAGAAUUUGGAACGGGGAUGGGUACUGGUCUUUACAGUUAACACAACCUGGAGUAGCCCAUGCCAUACUGUGUCCUUUUAAGUCAGUAAAUUGAACUAAGUCGGUUAUUCGGCAAGCAGUUCCUAUAAAAAACUACAUGGCUAAGGUUCUUAUUGAUUGACCACAAGCAGAUCUUUCACCCUCGGAUCUCUAGCUACAAAAGGAACCACUGGCUCAAUGACCUGUAAGGGCCGUUUCAGCACAUCCAUUCUGUCCAUCUCCAAGCCUUCACCAUAGGGAAGAACUUUUGCUCUCAGUCACCUCUCAGAGAGCUCUCUUUAUAGCUGAAGGUCCCUCUCAUGAGUUACAUCAAGAGUAACCUAGAAUUAUACCAGCAAUACACAGCCAUGGCCCCCAAGCUACUGGCCCGCAUCUCCAAACUCCUCAUGAUCUGCCAGAAUGCAGGCAUUUCUGUACCAAAGGGCAUCAGAAACAUCUUUGAGUUCACUUGGGAAGAGCUCAUCAGUGACCCUUCAGUGCCUACCUCGUCCGACAUCUUGGGCCUGGAGGUCAGCUUUGGAGCCCCCCUGGUGGUGCUCAUGGAACCCACCUUUGUGCAGGUCCCCACACUGAAGAAGCCACUACCUCCACCACCACCAGCACCACCACGUCCAGUGCUGCUGGCAACCACUGGGGCAGCCAAGCGCUCCACCCUCUCUCCCACCAUGGCCCAUCAGGUGCGCACCCACCAGGAGACCCUGAACAGGUUUCAGCAGCAGUCCAUCCACCUGCUGACGGAGCUCCUCAGACUGAAGAUGAAGGCCAUGGUGGAGUCUGUGUCGGUGGGUGCCAACCCCUUGGACAUCACCAGGCGCUUUGUGGAGGCCAGCCAGCUCCUCCACCUCAACACCAAGGAGAUGGCCUUCAACUGCCUGAUCAGCACAGCCGGGAGAAGUGGCUACAGCAGCGGACAGUUGUGGAAAGAGUCCCUUGCAAACAUGUCCGCCAUUGGGGUGAACUCGCCUUACCAGCUGAUCUACCACUCUUCCACAGCCUGUCUGAGCUUUUCCCUCUCUGCUGGAAAAGAAGCCAAGAAGAAAAUAGGCAAAUCUAGAACUACAGAAGAUGUCAGCAUGCCGCCCCUGCAUCAAGGAGUGGGAACCCCUGCCAACAGCCUGGAGUUCAGCGACCCCUGCCCUGAGGCCUGGGAGAAGCUGCAGGAGUUGUGUCGCCACAUAGAAGCUGAAAGGGCCACGUGGAAAGGGAGGAAUAUCUUCUACCCCAUGAUCUUACGAAACUACAAGGCAAAGAUGCCCUCUCAUCUAAUGUUGGCCCGCAAAGGAGACUCUCAGACCCCAGGUUUACAUUACCCUCCCACUGCAGGUGCUCAGACUCUCAGCCCCACCUCUCACCCAUCUUCCGCCAACCAUCAUUUCAGUCGGCAUUGUCAAGAGGGGAAGGCACCCAAGAAGGCCUUCAAGUUUCAUUACACCUUCUAUGACGGCUCCUCCUUCGUUUAUUAUCCCUCUGGAAACGUCGCUGUAUGUCAGAUCCCCACAUGCUGCAGAGGGAGAACCAUCACCUGCCUCUUUAAUGACAUACCUGGAUUCUCCUUGCUGGCCCUAUUCAAUACUGAAGGUCAGGGCUGUGUUCACUACAACCUAAAAACCAGUUGCCCAUAUGUCUUAAUCUUGGAUAAGGAAGGUGGGACCACCAAUGACCAGCAGGGCUAUGUAGUCCACAAGUGGAGCUGGACUUCCAGGACAGAGACCCUGCUUUCCCUGGAAUACAAGGUGAAUGAGGAAAUGAAACUAAAGGUACUGGGACAGGACUCCAUCACAGUCACCUUCACCUCCCUGAAUGAGACAGUAACACUCACUGUGUCGGCCAACAAUUGUCCCCAUGGAAUGGCAUAUGACAGACGGCUGAACCGCAGAAUCAGCAACAUGGACGACAAGGUGUAUAAGAUGAGCCGAGCCCUGGCUGAGAUCAAGAAGCGGUUUCAGAAGACAGUGACUCAGUUCAUUAAUUCUAUCUUGCUGGCCGCAGGUCUGUUUACCAUUGAAUAUCCCACCAAAAAGGAGGAGGAAGAAUUUGUUCGGUUCAAGAUGAGAUCCGGAACUCAUCCCGAGCGGCUCCCCAAGCUAAAUUUAUACUCAGGAGAAAGUCUUUUACGAUCUCAGUCAGGCCAACUGGAAUCCUCAAUUGCAGAGACUUUGAAGGAUGAGCCUGAGUCUGCUCCUGUGAGCCCAGUUCGGAAGAAGACCACCAAAAUCCACACCAAAGCCAAGGUCACAUCCAGAGGGAAGGCCCGUGAGGGGCGCAGCUCCACCAGGUGGGCGGCCUUGCCCUCAGACUGCCCGCUGGUGCUGCGGAAGCUCAUGCUCAAGGAAGACGCCCGUGCUGGCUGCAAGUGCCUGGUGAAGGCGCCCCUGGUCUCUGACGUGGAGCUGGAGCGCUUCCUGUUGGCACCCCGAGACCCCAGCCAAAUGCUGGUGUUUGGGAUCAUCUCAAGCCAGAACUACACCAGCACUGGGCAGCUCCAGUGGCUGCUGAACACUCUCUACAACCACCAGCAGCGGGGCCGUGGCUCACCCUGCAUCCAGUGCCGGUAUGACUCCUACCGCCUGCUGCAGUAUGACCUGGACAGCCCCCUGCAGGAGGACCCUCCCCUGAUGGUGAAGAAGAACUCUGUGGUGCAGGGGAUGAUUCUGAUGUUUGCCGGGGGGAAGCUCAUUUUUGGGGGCCGUGUUUUGAAUGGAUAUGGCCUCAGCAAGCAGAAUCUGCUGAAACAGAUCUUCCGGUCUCAACAGGAUUGCAAGAUGGGCUACUUCCUGCCGGAUGACUACAAAUUCAGUGUUCCCAACUCUGUCCUGAGCCUGGAGGAUUCUGAAUCAGUCAAGAAAGCUGAGUCAGAAGAUAUCCAAGGAAGCAGCUCCUCAUUGGCCCUGGAAGACUAUGUGGAGAAGGAGUUAUCUCUGGAGGCUGAGAAGACAAGAGAGCCUGAAGUGGAGCUACAUCCUCUCAGCAGGGACAGCAAGGUAACCAGUUGGAAGAAGCAGACCUCCAAGAAGUAGCACCAUCCUGGCGGCAGCCAAGUGAGCCAGGCCCUGGCCCGGGGUGCUAGGGCUUCUUGCCAGCCCAGCCCUGCCUCCCCGGUCUCCCACCCUGUCCUCCAAGCCUCUAUAAUAAACCAGCGGGCCUCCAGCAUUGGGGUGAGGCUCUGGGGAAGGACAGA